AUGUCUUGCGCACAAUGGGGCCAGGAAGCGUGGAAUCUCCGUAACGUAGCGCGUCAAACACCCGUCCUUUUCCCCACUCUCCUUUCACUCGGUGCAUCAUCUCCCCCCCUCCGCCACCCCCGCCCAGCACAAGACAGCCCACCGCUCAUGUCACGUUCCACAGGCGGUCAUCCCCCUGGAUGUCUUUGCUCCCGCUGCCAUCUCAAGCUCUUCCCGCGGGGCCCCGGUGACCGCAUCAUACUUCCUACUCCCGGCCCUUCACCGCAAAGUCCGCAGUUCCAGCACAGGCUGCCGGCGGCACCGCCCGCUCGACCCCAAUCGACUGCGCCGGGCGAGUAUCGCCCUUCGCACCGUCGCGGGCACAGCCAUGCCUACGGAUACGCACAGGAGGCCCCACCACCAGUACCGCCACUGCCCAUGGCGUCCAGACGGUCCGGAGAUGCGAGAUACGGCAUGGAGGCACGGGGAGCGCCAGUGCCCGAACCGGCGCGAUAUCACCAAGCCCCGCCGAUUCGGCCGGCGAGUGCCAUGGCUCAUCAUUCCCGGUCGCGGACUCAGUCCACCUCACAACCCUCGACCCAGCAGCCACAUCAUCAGCCAGCACCUGCAAGUUCGCAGUCCCAAACGGCCGCGCAACAGCCAGAGUGGACCGCGCCUAAACUCAAAUGGGUGCAGAAAAAAGAGCGCGUGAGCCACUUCACGCCGCCGUCUCAGUACCAGGGCACGAGCUUCCGUCAGUAUGUACAUGAGGGAAUCAGCCAGUCCACCUCCAAGAGGGGGUCCUAGAGCACUCUGGAUCUAACUUAUUGUUUGUUUUAUUCGCAUGUUAUUAGACUGUAGCACCGCAUGGACCGACUUGAAAU